AUGGACGGCAACGUGGUCAUGGAUACGAAGAUUGAUCCCGAUAUCUCGCGAAACCACAAUUCGCUCGAUCGGAAAAUGGAAAGCCUAGAUUUAACAGAUCGCCGACCCUUUGUUGCAUGCUCUGCUACGGGGUCCACCGAGGCUAGUUCUACGCCAGAGGCCAGCUUUGAAGUCGAUCCGGAGGCACUUGCUCUGGAUAUGCAGCAGCGCUGCAGAUUACUAUUGAAUGAAUUGGAACAGUUUCAAGCAUACCUAAAGGAGAGAAAUAAGGCGAAUAACGUCGAAUUGCGGACAUUCAAAGGUGGUCUUCAGGCAGAAAUGAAAUUAAUACACAAGCUUGCAAAACAGGAAUCCUCCGAUAAUAACAAGACCGUUCACUCCCUGAAAUCAUCCAACUUCCUAUUUUAUAAUGCGGUCUGGAACACUGCGAAAUCCUGUACAGGAAUCAUAGCCCUGAGCAGGCGCUUCUAUUGGACACCCGGCCAAAAAACGCCCAACAUAAAUGGGAAGAUCUCGAAACCGGGAGCUAAACAUAGGACAUGUAGCGCUCUGGUAGAUAUUGUGUGUCAGGAUGGCUUGGAAUGGGUUAAGGUUUCAUCGAAUACUGAGAAACGAAUUAUAUGGGAUUUAGCAAAGGCAGGUUGGGUGGGGGUGGAGUCCUCUGGCGAGGAAAGCGAAGGAGAUAGUGAUGAUCCUGACGAGGCAGAAGGUCUUUUGAAACAAGUCGAGGCGCUGGUUAAGGCAUCCCGCGCGACAAGAGUCAGAUAUCGCCAUCCUAAAGUCCGCCUUGUGUUGCCGAGAAUAUCGAGUUCGCCUCAGACAAAGGAGGUAGCUAAAGUAUUGCAGAAAAUACGGAAUUUGGGUGUGACUGUGCAGACCUCGGAGGAAUGGCCCAUUGGCCCCCCUGUGGCGACUGUUCUCGACAGCCUCAUUGCAGAUCGUUUCGAGACGUUUACUAGUGUGCUCAACGUGGAUUGCACAAUCCUACUGGCUUUUGCUAGUGACCUAUCGCAUGGUCGUGUAGAGCCUGAAGAUUGGCACAAUCAAAUGAUAUCCAGACAGAGGGAGAUGGAAGCUGAAGAGCAACUUCUCCCGGAUAGCCUGUGGCCUGCGUGCGGAUCCAGGAAGCUGGUAUGUACACGGGAAGCGGCUGUGAGGAUGCAAGAGAUUGUCGAAGUUAUUGGCACAACGACUGAGAAGAAACGCGUGGAGUUGCUCAUAGAUCUCUCUGGUGAUUCUCAGUUAACUCUAGAAGAAAGAUUGGAGGAAUUUCAAAAACUAUCGGAUUAUGAGAUUCCGAAAACUUGGCUUCUGCCCAUUGAGAUAGUGGAUGUGGAUAUCCCGGUUCUCAUUGCUGACCUGCCUCCUAUCGCGGGUAAAUUGGCGGAUUCGCUGUCAACCAUAAAUAAAUCCGUGUUUUUGUAUGGCUGGGCGAGUAAGACGACUACUAUAAGUAGUAAUCGCAGUGUGGCGAAAGAGGUCGAGACAACUGUGGAAGAGAAUCGUUCAUCUGAGGAAGAAAUAGGGCCUGAUAUUUGGCUGUGUUCGACGACAAGGUCUUUGGUCGGGAAAGAGAAGCAGAGGAGAGGGGCGCACGACCGUGACUCGUGCGAAACGGAGAGUAACAUAGAAUAA